AAUGUUACAACCUUCAUAUCCUCUGGAGUUGGCAGAUUGGUGCCUUCUUUUCGACGAAAAUCUUCCUAAAGAAAUUGCAACUCAUUUUAUUGAUCUUCCAGUAAAACGGUAUGAUGAAAUACCUGAAUUUUUGUAUUCCAUACUGGAUCUUCUUAAUAAACUGAACGACGCAUUCACGGCUUAUACCACAAGUCUUAAUUUAAUAUCAGAACAAGUAAUCACACCAAUCAGAAAAGAAGGGUUUGCUGAAAGAGUAGAAGAAAGAGAACUUGAUGUUGUGAAUAAAUAUUUGGUGAAUUCUGUGAUCAAUGCCUCUGAUAUUUUCGGAAAAGUAACUUUUCCAUCAUACUAUAACAAACUUAAAACUAUCUGGAAAACUAGAGAUUCUGAGUCAAAUUUUUAUGUACUUGAUUUAGGAGAUGGAGACACACAGAAACAGGGUGAAUUGGAUUCGUUGUAUGAAAGGUUAAUAUUGGAAGAUGAAGAAAAAUUCAUAAGUGAAAAGACGCAUGAGUAUUUAGCAUUUUUUGAUGAUAUUGUACCUGCUCAAUCGAAGGGAGACAAAGCAGUUAAUAGUUAUCUUGUAGACGAAGGUAAUAAUGAGACUAUAGAAGAAAACAGUGAAGUAGAGAAAAUAGUACAUCAAUUGGGUAGUAAUAUUUCCAACCAUUUUGACAUCAUCACAAAAAUGAAUGGUACUAUGAAUAAGACUCCUGAGCGGACAUGGACAGCCCAUGUAUUAGCAUACAUUUUUUUUAUCACUUUUUGUUUUAUUGACUCGUCGCAGUAUUUUUCAUAUGAAAGAGACAUAUCUACAAAAAUCAAUAUUCAAGAUAAUAGCUAUAAAGUUGAUGGAGUAUUAGAGCUUUUCGAACGACUCAAGCAAAUUCCAUUGUUUUUGCUUGAAGUGUCAGAAGGGCCUAAUAAUCCAGAUCCAGACAAGAUUAAUUAUAAUAGGCGUAAAUUACUGAGCGAGGGUGUCUUUGGUCUUAAUAAAUUUAUGUUGACUGAUAAAAUUGAGAUUGGCCAGUUAGGUCCUGAUUUAUAUUUUUUUGCAUCAUUUACAAUCCCAGUUCUUAUGAUCCCAACUUCUGAUACUGAUCUAAAUCAUGUACCUAGACUUAUUAGAACACUUUUAUGUUUACGAUACAAUCUUGUUGAAAAGAUCAAAAGGUUUAUAGAGUUUAGAAAGGAAGGACAAGAAAACAUAACGAUGUCCAAACCCAAGUAUGCAACCAGAUUCACACCAGGAUGGCGAAAAGCUGUGACGUUUGCAGAAUUUCUGCCAAAAAUAUCAAGAGAAGAAGGAAAGAAAGUGAAUAGUAGGGGAAGAGGUCGCAGUAGGGCUGUAGUAGGGGUUCUGCAUGAGUUUAUGUUUCUAUUUUCUUGUAUUAAAAUAUUGCAUUAUUCUGUUAUGUCAUAA